UCUGAAGGGGAAGCUCGCCCUGCUCCUUCCCCUCAGCACCUCUCUCUGCCUGCUCCCCGCUCGCAGGGCGGGGGCUCCGGCGGGGCCUGCGGCUCCGCCCGCCCGGGCCGGGCCCGCCCGCCUGCGCUGAGGGACAGCGGCAGCGCCGAGAGGCAGCGGGGCCGGCGGGGAACUGAGGGACAGCGGGAAGCCGAGAGACAGCGGGGCCAGCGGGGAGCCGAGGGCCAGCGGGAUGCGGCGCUGGGCGCUGGUGGCCGCGCUGGUGGCCGCGCUGUGCGGGCCCGCGGCGGGCGGCGGGCGGCGGCGGGCGGCCAGCCUGGGCGAGAUGCUGCGGGAGGUGGAGGCGCUGAUGGAGGACACGCAGCACAAGCUGCGCAACGCCGUGCAGGAGAUGGAAGCUGAAGAGGAAGGGGCAAGAAAGCUGUCAGAAGUCAGCUUUGAGGACUUGCCUCCCAACUACCAUAACGAGUCCAACACGGAAACCAGAGUGGGCAACAGAACUGUUCAGACCCAUCAAGAAAUUGAUAAGGUUACAGAUAACAAAACUGGAUCAACAGUUUUUUCUGAGACAGUUAUUACAUCCAUAAGAGAUGGAGAAAACAAAAGGAAUCAUGAGUGUAUCAUUGAUGAAGACUGUGAACCAGGGAAGUAUUGCCAGUUCUCCACCUUGGAAUACAAAUGUCAGCUCUGCAAGCCCCAGCACACACCCUGCUCACGGGAUGUGGAGUGCUGUGGGGAGCAGCUCUGCGUGUGGGGCCAGUGCAGGAGAUCCUCUUCCAGAGGGGAGAACGGCACCAUCUGUGAGACCCAGCACGACUGCAACCCUGGGACGUGCUGUGCUUUUCACAAAGAGCUUCUGUUUCCUGUGUGCACACCCUUACCUGAGGAAGGUGAGCCCUGCCAUGAUCCUUCAAACAGACUUCUCAACCUCAUCACCUGGGACCUGGAGCCCGAUGGAGUGCUGGAGCAGUGCCCCUGUGCCAGUGGCUUGAGCUGCCAGCCUCAGAGCCACAGCACUACAUCUGUGUGUCAGCUGUCUGCCAAUGAAACGCAGCGCACUGAAAAAGAAGAUCCCUUAGUCAUGGAUGAGAUGCCCUUUCUCAGCCUGAUCCCUCAAGAUCUCCUCUCUGAUUAUGAGGAGAGCAGUGUCAUCCAGGAAGUGCGCAGAGAAUUAGAAAGCCUGGAGGACCAAGCAGCAUCUUGCUUGUAUGAAUCCUGAACACACACUACUGGAUAGAAGUGCAAUAAAGAAGGUCUUCAAGGAGCAUUCUUCUCUGUGCACCAAACCUGCAUGUCCCUGUGGAAUUCAUGCUACUGUGGAAUUCAUUCAGUCCCUGCCUUCAAACCUUCUGCCAAAUGGGAACCAUAGGAGUGCUCCUCUGGAUUUGUACUUUCCUCUUGUAUGUCAGAAAUAAACUUCUUCGUACUUGUACUCAUUAAAAAAUACGCACAAGCAUAAAUCAUUUUAAGUUGCUAGUAACUAUAGAAGUGAUUAUUUUUACCAUCUUAAAAGGUCAUUGAUUUAAAAAAUCAAUAGCAAGCUAAGAGUAAAAUCUGACCCCCCAAACUCCCCAGCUACCAGCUGUCUCACCAGUUUGGUACCAUGGCUCCUCCACUAUUAAUGGUUUUCUGAUAGAUUUCACCAUCUGUUCUUGCACAUGGUUAAACAAGAUGUGAGGUUCCAGCCAAGGAACUUCUCAUGGUGCUUCUUCCCAAAUAAUCCCAAUUGCUCGUGUCUAGUUAGGAACAGCAGACCACCAAUAACAAGAGCAGGUGUAAGACUGUGCUACCAACCUGCACACCUUUCCCCACUUCUGGUGUAAGAAG